CCAUCACCACAGCAUCGCAGCAUCGACCGCUCCGCUGAAGACUGAAGGGUGGUGACAACUUUACGUGCAUUCUCCUGCUCUUAUCACUUGUUUUACUACCUGUACCACAACAUCCAACUCACACAAACCUGUCCACCUUCACACCUUCCCCGGCCUUUCCCCAUCUGUCCAUUCCAUCCUCACACAAUCUUUCUUCACUCCUCCCUCCUCGCCGUCCACCAUGCCGGCCACCACAGCAGAAACCCUCGCAUUAACAUCCCGAACCGUCUCCGUUGCGCCGCUCGUUCUUCUCUCGGUUGCAGAUCACUAUGGAAGAACAGCAAAGGGCACCAAGAAGCGAGUAGUGGGUGUUCUACUGGGCCAGAACGAUGGUCGGAAUGUGCGAGUGUCCAAUAGCUUUGCUGUGCCAUUUGAGGAGGACGAGAAAGACCCAUCGGUGUGGUUCCUCGAUCACAACUAUGUCGAGUCGAUGAACGACAUGUUCAAGAAGGUCAACGCUCGGGAAAAGUUAAUAGGAUGGUAUCACUCCGGACCGAAGCUACGAGCCUCAGAUUUGGAGAUCAACGAACUGUUCAAGCGAUACACCUCCGAUCCUCUGCUUGUGAUCAUCGACGUGCAACCGAAAGAGGUUGGCGUACCUACAGAUGCCUACUUCGCCGUGGAAGAAAUCAAAGAUGACGGCACCACCACCACCAAAACCUUCGUCCACACCCCCUCCACCAUCGAAGCCGAAGAGGCCGAAGAAAUCGGCGUUGAACACCUCCUCCGCGACAUCCGCGACGUCGCUGUCGGCACCCUCUCCACCCGCAUCACCUCCCAGCUCCAAUCCCUGCAAGGCCUGCACCUCCGCCUCCGCGACAUCGGCCACUACCUCCAAAAAGUCCUCGACGGCGAACUGCCCGUGAACCACGCGAUCCUCGGCAACCUGCAAGACGUGUUCAACCUGCUCCCGAACCUUUCGACGCCCAAACCCACCGCGGCGACGGCCGACGCGACGCCCGGGAUGCCGACGGUGGAUAACUCGGAACUGUCGCGCGCGAUGAGCAUCAAGACGAACGAUCAGCUGAUGUCGAUCUACCUAAGCAGCUUGAUCCGUGCGAUCACGGCGUUCCACGAUCUGAUCGAGAAUAAGAUUCAGAAUCGGCAGCAGCAGGAGGAAAAGGAUGCGGGGACCGGGGCGGAGAAGGAUGAGAAGGAGAAGGCGGAGGGGAAGGAUGGGGAGAAGAAGGAGGAGGAUAAGGAGGGGAAGGCGAAUGGGGUGAAUGGGGAGACGAAAGGGAAAGGAAAGGAGGGUGAGGGGAAGAAGUCAUAAAUCGGGUUCAUCAUCUUGGAUCGCACAAAACGGGUACCGUACACCGAUUGCUGUCUGAGAUUUAUGGUCUUGGUGGGUACAUCACUCGGCGCUACAAGUGGCCCUGCCUUCAUAUCGCAGGGUAGUCAUACAGGGCGUAAUUCCUGCGCGGGAGUUCAGGACGGUAACUAGAGCCUCACAGCCACUCGUCAUCGUCAACACGAUACGAACAUGAUUCAUACAUUCGUCUCAUCAUUCAUCCUGAUACUCCCGCUCGCUCUAUGCAAAAUUGUAUAUCAACACCUUCUGCCCCCCCUCCUCCCUCCCCUUCCACACCACCACAUUCUCCUCAUCAAACCCC